AUGAACACGAAAUUUAUUUUCACUUUAAGCAUCGUUAUUCUCUCUAUAAUCUUAUCGGUAGAUGCUCAUUGUCAUGCUAAAUCUUACGAAAAACGUUCUACCGAAUUAUUUAAGCGUCACGAUUACGAAAAAAACGACACUUGUCCCUGUACUGUUGCUACAGCAACAUUUAACUCCACAGUAGUUGGUAUAGUCACCUUUGCACAAGAUGAAUGUGGUUCAACACUUGUGACUGGUCUCUUCAGUGACGGCCUUGUCGACCCUGAAAAGAAUUGUUACGAUUUCCUUCUUGUCGAUAAAUGCGGCAAGCUUCUCUAUAAUUUGACAUCAGCUUUAGAUGUUAAAUUUCGAAACGACGGAACAUUGCCAUUUUCAACAAGACUUGAUGAUCUCAAUCUAAAUUGUGAUCCUGAUGGUGUACUUCUCGCUGAAAGUGACAAGAAACGUUAUGUUAAACGAGAUACAGGAUCGAGUUUUCAAAUUAACCAAAAUGGUCAGGAUUAUGCUUCGGCUCCACUUGACCAAGUAUAA